AUGCUGACACCUCCCCUCCCGGAGGCUCCUCGCUUUCGUCGUAGUCGUCGUCCCCUCGAGGCCUAUACCGCGAUCAAUGUUGCUGUGUUUCAGCAGCGCCGGUUUGAGGGGAUCUCGCUGUCCACCCUCAAGGCCGUCUGCCGUCAGCUCGGCAUCAGGCGCUGGCCCUACACCCGCCAGGGCUACCGGCCGCAUGAGCACGCGCGGGAGGUGCAGCAGGCGGCACAGCUGCAUCAGUCCGUCGCCUGCCAAGCCAAGAAGGAGGAGGAUGCAGACGAGGAUGACGAGGAGGCCGACGACGAGGAAGACGACGAGGCCGACGACGAGCAGGAGGCUACAGAUCCACAGCUUGUACACAGCGCGGAUCAGCGCCGCGGACACGGAGACUGGCUGAGCGAGGCGUGGGUCGCCUGGUACAUCCGGUCGAGGGACGAGGACGAGGUGAUCUGGAGAGGGUCGGGGGGAGGAAGACAGCUAUGGCAGGAGGAUGCAUGA